AUGGCGUCGCUAAAGCGAUUCGCCGACACAACGGAGGAAGAGAUUGAAGUAAAACGUAUCAACAUUAAUGCCAAAAACACCGUGAAGGCCAACGGCAAGUGCAGUCGAAUAUUGCGUGCAUACCUCGUUGAAAAAUGUCAGCCAGCAGACUUUGAAAGUUUUGGUGAGGCUGAGUUGAGUGAAGCGUUGUCGCAUUUUUACGUCGAUGCACGAAAACCGGACGGCGAACAAUACAAGGCUGCAUCGCUGGAAGCGAUUCGCCAUGGACUAAAUCGCUAUCUCAAAGCGCCGCCUCACAACAAAACAUUCGACAUCAUCAAGGACCCAGCAUUUAAUGAGGCUAACAAGAAUUUUAAAGCCGCUAUGGUGGAGUUGAGAAAGGCAGGCCUGGGAGAUACAACACACCAUCUUCCCAUUGGCGAAAAUGACCGGGCCAAGUUAUACAGCUCGCCACAUAUGUCCACGAAAACACCCACCGGUCUCCUCAAUAAGGUUCAGUUUGAUGUGAGACUUUAUCUGUGUCGACGUAGAGCAGAAAAUAUGCGCUCCAUGACCAAGUCAACAUUCGUCGUCGACACUGAUCCCAAAACAGGACUUAAAUUUGUGACCAAGAAACACCAAGGGCUGCAUGGUGAAAAGGAGAGCGCUUGUGUCAUGCCCGAAAGCCCAGGUUCGCCAUUUUGUCCUGUAGCGUCAUUUGAAGCUUAUUUGGCGAAACUUCAUCCUGGAUGUGACAGCUUGUGGCAACGGCCUUUUGUUAAAUUUUUGAAUGAAGACCCCGUGUGGUACUAUAAUGUAGCCGUGGGUGAAAAAAUGCUGUCAUCUUUCAUGACGAGACUUAGCGUGGCCGCUGAGUUAUCCAAGGUUUAUUCAAACCAUUCCAUCAGAACCACUGGGUCUGUUAUUUUGUCAAAAGCCGUGUUUGGAGCAGAUCAAGUAAUUACUGUAACUGGCCUCAAGCCUGUUCAGGCACUGACAGUGUAUCAGAAGGUUGACAGAAUUAUUAUUCAGGGCAUUAUAGAACACCAAUCAAGCAUUGCAAAGGUUGACAAUGAUAACACAUCGAAAAUGGCCAAUACGUUGAGGACAAGCCUUUCGUCUGAUCACCUGCAGCUUUCUCAGGUGACACAACAAGACGUAGCUUUACCCGAGUACACUACAACUGAGGCUGCUACUACAAACCGCCAUUCUUCAUUCAACCAGCAUAUUGCAGAUGGAAAACCAACUGUAGAAAACCCAGAUCCAGUAUCUGAUAAUCCUUAUGAUCAUCUUGUACCCGUACCAGACCUAGCAAGGGAGCCAGCACAAGAAAUGGAGACUACAAGUAUGAAGCAGGACGAAAACGAAAUACAAAGUGGAAUUUUGAGUAAGUUUGAUAUCCUCGCGUUAGCCGCUGGAAAUAGAAAGGUUUCUGUUAAAGACGAAAGUCUUGAACUAAGCGACAGUGCCAAAAAGCCUGAUAUGAUGGCGGAGAUAGACAGACUUCGUGAGGAAAUAGCUAGAGUAUGUCUAGAAAAAGAAGACCUACAACGUGCUGUCGAAUAUCUUCAGCAUGAGUUGCGUGCAAAAGAAGAAACCAAAGUUCAUUAUUUUCGAUUUUCUACACUGCAGCUGAAAGACUUUGAGUAUUAUACUGGGUAUCUCUAUGAAAGCUUUCUUGAGCUCAGUAAGUUUCUCAUUCCCAGUGAUGAAGCACCCUUCCAACACUCCAAACCCCUGAAUUGUUUAUCAGAGUUAACGUUUCAGGACCAGCUUUUGUUAGUUUUGAUGAAGUUACGUCAAGACUUUGACUUUAGACAUUUGGCAACAUUGUUUGGAACUUCAUCACAAGACUGCUGUGGUGUUUUCAGUGACUGGAUGAAUUACAUGUUUUAUAAGUUUGGAUCUGUGCCCACAUCUAUAUGGCCUCACAGGGAUACAAUCAUUGAAAAUAUGCCAACUGAGUUUAAGCAGGACUUUCCAAACACUCUGUCCAUUAUUGAUGUAACAGAAGUCAAAAUACAAAGACCACAGACUGUGAGGACAGAGAGCCAGAGUCAGUUUUACUCGGACAAGACCUGCACCACAUUGAAAGGAAUCAUUGGUGUGGAUCCUAGAGGAGCCAUUACAUUUGUAUCUAUGCUUCACUACAGUUCUAUGUCAAAUAAAGACUUGGUAAAGCUUUGUGGCUUCUAUCGAAUUUUGAAACAGUUGCUGCAAAGUGGAGUGAUGAAGGAAGGAGAUGGAAUAAUGGCAGGUAAGGAUUUCCCAAUAGAAAAAGAAAUUCAGAAUUUAGGACUGGAACUGAAUGUUCCUCCCAUUGCUCCAUCAUCUACGAGUGAGAUGUCUGCUUCUGAUGUGACUCAAAUGAACAAGAUCGCUAAACAUCAUGUCCAUGUUGAACAAGCCAUCGCGCGUAUUAAAGAGUUCAAAAUAUUGUCAAGCAAGUCGAGCCUAGGACUGUUUAAAUCAGUGAAUCAAAUUUGGAGGGUGUGUUGUCUAUUGACUAAUUUUAUGCCAUUCCUCACAAAUAAGGAUUGAAAGCAGAUUUUGUUUCAUUGACUCUCUUUUAC